CGAAGAUGGCGAGUUCGGAGAUUGAACAAGGCAACGCCACAUGUGGCUUUCACCUCAGCCACGAAGAUGACGUCGGAAACAAACACGUCGUGUUGCGCGUCACUUCCAAGGUUGCGUGACCGCAUCGCUCUCAGAGAGCUACAGCUGCACCCCUUCUACCUGCACAUCACGCGUGUCUUCAAUUAGGCCGUGUAAACUUUUGCCAUGAAGCCGCGGAUACAUUCAUUGCAGGGCCUGGCGCGCAUCUCAAGACCCUUGCCAACACCGUCCAUCAUAGCCUCGCGCUAUAUCACACCGAAAUACUAUCGCGAUGUGCAGCUUCGGAGCUUCGCCUUCUCGGCUCUUUCGAGACUUGAAGAGAAGCACCACUACGACUACUCCAGCCCCAACUCCAGGCCAGCGAUCCAACUCAAUCACAAUGUCACAAAAGAGGAGCAGGACGAUUAUGACAAGCGACUAAGCAAGGAGUUGAAAGACAAGCAGAUACGCUCACCAUGGACCAGAGAGGGCAGCGACAAGCCGCCCGUAGCACAACAGAGAGAGGCCAGCGCCAUGACAAAAGGAAAACUACUAACGACACCGUCGCGCAUGCUCAAACUCAUCUUGCCAUUGACAACCAAAGACAUGAACACUGACCGCAAGGACGUCGAACCGCUCGCUCUCCUCGUGCAUCCACAGCAGCCCCUCUCCUACUUGGAACGUCUAAUCCAGGCGGAGCUUCCCAAGCUGCAGGACAAGGACGGCAACGAGCGCAUACCCAACGUGUACUUCCGCGCCGAAGACUCUAUGCAAGACGCCAUGGAGGCGGCGGAAGCCGAGAAGACGCCCGUGAGCAAAGACGGCGAGACACUGGACGAACAGGAAGGAGAAGAGGACUUUGAGAAAGUCGACGAAAUCCGCAUCGGCGGAAAGACUGAGAAGACUGGCAAGCUCAAUUCAGCAGUCGACAGGAAAACCCCAGAUGAAGCUGCGGAGCUACGAGGCGGCCACGGCAAGGGUGGCGUAGAAUCAUACUCUGGUCUGGGUCAAGAGGCGCCAUCGGACGAGAAGGCAGACCGCAAGUUCGUGCGGUGGUCUAGUAGCACCGAGAUUGGGGACUUCAUCCGCGACGCUGCGCGAGGCCAGGAAUUCGCUGUUGAGAUUGAAGGCGCCCCGAAAGAUAUUCGCGUUGGCGUGCCCUCGUUCAACGAUAGGACAUUCUAUCUGCGCAUGCGAUUGCGCAAGAUCUCCAAGGGUAUCGCCAGUCUGGCUAGUUUAAAGAAAGAGUGCGAUCAUCUCGCACACAAAGGUGCGCAGCGCGUUGCUCAAGGAGGAUUUGUCGUCAUUUUGGGAUGGUGGUUCCUUGUGUAUCAUCUUACCUUUGAGACUGAGCUUGGCUGGGACGUCAUGGAACCUGUCACUUACCUCGUCGGCCUCAGCACCCUGAUCGGCGGUUAUAUGUGGUUCCUUUACCACAACCGCGAAGUCUCGUACCGCUCCGCCAUGAACUUCACCAUCUCGCGGCGCCAGGGCAAACUAUACCAACAGCGCGGCUUCGACCUACGCAAGUGGGAGACGCUCAUAGAAGAAGGCAACGCCCUGCGCAAGGAGAUCAAGGCCGUCGCCGACGAAUACGAUGUCGAAUGGGACGAGCUACAGGAGGAGAAGCACGAUAACGUGGCCGAGGCGCUGAGAAACGAGCGCAAGAAACAGAAAGGAAAGGACAAGGACAAGGAUGAUGAUGAGAAGGAUGCGAAGGCGAGGGGGAAGAGCGACGAUUGAGGAGACUGGGAGAAGAAUGUGAGCAUAGCACAAGCGAGGCGUUUGGGAGGUGGUAAUCUUGAGCGGUAUACACGUCAGCGUUAUGGUGGCUAUACCCCAUUGCAUUAACCGUACAUAUUUGACUUGUGAGCGUGUAUAAUAAUAGGAGCCACUUCAUCUAUCGGAU